AUGGGGACCAGAUCGCCUCCUUUGACACCCUUACUUGGCCAUCGAUGGUCCAUGCGGAAUGCGCUUGCCAGUAUACACAGAGCCUCGACGAUGCGCAGGCCGACGUCAUCAAGCUCCCCCUCACGCUCUCUGCAGCUGGGGGUCGCUAGGUAUACAUUUGUUCCCGAAGACCGAUUGAAAUUCGUUGGCCUCUGUGGUGCGCAGAUCGUUCGAGACGUCCUCAUCCGGAACGGGGUUCAACACGCAUUCGCGUAUUCCGGAGGGGCAAAUAUACAUCUCACGGACUCGAUUUGCACGGAUGGCCGCAUCAAAGUAUUCCUACCACGUCAUGAACAAGGUGCAGGACACAUGGCCGAAGGUUAUGCUCGAGUGACGGGGAGGCCUGGUGUCGUUUCUGUUACGUCUGGCCCAGGGGCCACGAAUGUGAUAACACCACUACAGGAUGCUAUGAGCGAUGGGAUACCUAUGAUUGUUAUAGCAGGGCAGGUCAGCGCUAAAGAUCUGGGAACAGGUGCAUUUCAAGAUGCCGACAUCGUUGGGAUGACCCAACCGUGCACGAAAUGGGCGACGAUGGUGGAAUGCGUCGAAGACUUACCGGCUUACGUUGAUGAGGCUUUCCGAGUCGCUACUUCGGGUAGACCGGGACCAGUUCUGCUCAGCAUUCCAAGGGAUGUUUUCGAGGCUACUUGGCGGGAUGAUCACCCUAUUGUCAGGAAUAUCACCCUACCAUCAUACCCUGCCCAGAUCAGGCCGCCUCCGCCUCGAGCAUCGGAGCCACCAGCACCUAAAAUCUUUGGGGACAUCAGCGAGGCGGCCACGCGUAUAAACAACUCUAAAAGGCCACUCAUUAUCGCUGGUGCGGGCCUUUUGUCGUCUCCAGAUGGCCCCCGUAUCUUGUCAGAACUCGCCUUCCGAGGCAACAUCCCCGUAGCUACGACUUUACACGGGUUGGGUGCCUUCGACGAAGACCACCACCUCAGCCUGCAUAUGCUAGGCCUCCACGGCAGCGUAUACGGUAACUAUGCUGCCCAAAGCGCGGAUACCAUAAUUGUGUUGGGAGCCCGCUUGGAUGAACGUGUCACUGCCAACAUUGAUGGUUUUGCUGUCGCCGCCCGAGCAGCUGGAAAAGAUGGUCGCGGGGGCAUCAUUCAUUUCGAGAUCCAGCCUAAAAAGUCGAACAGGAUCAUCGACACUCACAUUUCGGUGGUUGGCGAUGUGACCGAGAAUCUGAAGAUACUCGAGCCCCUCAUUGAACCACGCGCUCGUGCCGGUUGGCUUGAUCAGAUUCAAACAUGGAAAACGGAGUUUCCCUUCACUUAUGAACCGAGCGCGCCAGGUCAGCGCGUGAAGCCCCAGGAAGUUAUCGAGGAACUAGACAAGCAGACCAAUGAUAUCAAGGACCGGGUCCUGAUAACAACGGGGGUUGGACAUCAUCAAAUGUGGGCUGCCCAGUUUUUCACCUGGAAGCAACCGCGAUCGUUGAUCACUUCAGGGGCGCUGGCAACAAUGGGCUUUGGCCUUCCUGCAGCAAUUGGCGCAAAGGUGGCCGACCCCACCAAGAUUGUUGUAGAUAUAGAUGGCGAUGCAUCAUUCCUCAUGUCCGGUUUGGAACUCGCUACCGCGGCGGAAUAUGGCGUUGGUGUAAAGGUGCUAAUCUUCAACAAUAAUGUGCAAGGCAUGGUCUAUCGUUGGCAAAAGAUCUUCUACGGUAGCCGUCACACAUUGACCCGUAUGGUCAAUCCAGAUUUCGUGAUGUUGGCCCAGUCUAUGGGUGUGCAUGCCAUCCAAUGCGAGACAGCAGAACAGCUUCCGACAAAGAUGAAAGAAUUCUUGGAGUAUGAUAAUAGUCACCCAAUCGUAAUGGUGUGUCAGGUGGAUGAGGAAGAGGAACUAUACCCUAUCGUCAAACCUGGUAAAGCGCUUCAUGAACUCACGAUGCACCCGUCUUUGCCAUCAGUUCAAGCUUAG